CGCUGAUUUCGUUUCAGUUGUGACCCUGACAUUAUUUUAUAAGCAACUCAGCUGAGAUCAGCUGCAUGUGAUAAACGAAGAUGGCUUCUGUUUUGGUUCACGUCGUUUGUCUUUAGUUAUAAACAUCUGAGAGUUUUUCUAGCGGAGAGGAAAAAAGGGAUGAAAUGUCAGAAUCCGAUCCUUUAUUAUUUAGGGAGCGCAAUCCCAGCUUGUACAGCGAGAAAUUGACGAAUAAACCACCUUCGGUGAUCCUCACCGACGACAAUCAUACAUCGAAAUGCAAAACGAGAACCUCCUGUGCUGCUAUUUUAAUUGUGGAGGCCUGUGAAAGAAUUGCUUUUUACAGUCUUUUAGGGAACCUGGUGCUUUUUCUAAAUGAGAACCCCCUUCACUGGAAUGCCUACAAUGCUUCGUCUCUUUCCUUCUAUUUUCUGGGCCUCUCUUUUAUUACUUCUUUGCUGGGGGGUCUUAUCGCCGAUACCCUCCUCGGACGCUUCAAAGGACUCCUGUUUUCCUUCCUCAUCUAUGUUAUUGGUUAUUUCUUCCUUCUUUUCGUCGCGGCACCGGUCCACAAAGAUGGCAAGAAGAACGUCUUCUAUAAUUUUUGCCCCAGCCACACGCAAAACAGCAGUAUGCACAUUCCAAAUCUCUUUGAAGAAAACUGUUCGAUUCCUAUUUUCUUCAUUUUAACCACUGCUGCCAUUGGAAUCGGAUUUUUCAAAGCUAACAUCAUUCCUUUUGGCGCUGACCAGGUUCAAAACAAUUCACCUGUGAACAUCAGAAGUUUUUUCAAUUGGUUCUACCUGUCUUUGAAUAUUGGUGCCUUCAUCGGUCUUGGAGUGCUGACUUUUAUACAGCAAUAUUUUUCCUUUUUCUAUGGUUUUGCUGCAGCUCUUGGAACACUGGUAUUGGGAUUCGUUGUAUUUGUUGCAGGUCGAUGUUGUUACAAAGUUUCCCCGCCAAAUGGAAGUGUUCUUAUUAAUAUUUACCAAAUUAUAAACAAUGCCUUUGUCAACAGACGCAAGUGCAAACAGAAGCGGAUCACCUUUAGUUCCUAUAACUCGCAACUGGAUCAAAUCGAGGAUAAUAUGCACAAGAAGAGCUUUUUGGAUUUUUCUAAAGUUCGUUACGGAGGGCGCUUCCACGAUGCACUGGUGAACGAUGUAAAGGCUCUUGGGAAAGUUUUUAUCUUCUUCAUCGCCUUAAUUCCCUACUGGAUGGUGUAUUUUCAGAUGGAGACAACGUUUUUAGUGCAGGGGCUGCACAUGAGACUUUCAAUGCAAAAUGGCACUGAGACAGUGUUACAAAAUAAAAACUAUAAUUGCACACAAGCAACAGAAGUUAAUUAUCCAAAGGUAGCCGUAGCCUGGCUGUCCCUCUGUGAUGUUCUCCUCAUAUUCCUGAUCUUGCCUCUCAUGGAAAAAGUCAUCUAUCCUUGGUUUGAUUCCGUGGGUUAUUCAUUCACAUUGACUCAACGCAUCACCACUGGUAUGAUAUUCGCAGUCCUUGCAAUGGUUGCUGCUGGUGUGGUGGAAUUAUUUCGGCUACAACUGUCUACUAUGACCCUGACAACCAGUGCAAGUGUCACAUUAUUGAGCAGACUAUUGGCAACCUGGGCUUAUUUAAGCCCUUCGCUCCCAAUGAAGCAAAGGCUUACAACGACUUUUCUGGGCUGUCAGGGGCCCCUCUCUCAUCUUGCCCUUGGAGGGCAACACGAUCAAUUCUAUGCUGCAGACAUGAGCAUCUUCUACCAAGUUCCACAAUACGCCUUUCUUGGAAUCAGUGAAGUCUUUGCGAGUGUUGCAGGUCUGGAAUUUGCCUAUUCCAUGGCACCAACAUCAAUGAAAGGAAUAAUCAUGGGCCUUUUCUUGUUUUUCUCCGGUAUUGGCAGUCUUGUCAGCAUUGGUAUAAUACAAGCUCUGAAAGGAACUCUGUUCUUUGGUGAAGACUUUGGCGACAUCAACAUACGGAAGUGUGACCAGCAUGGCCGUGUCACUGAAGCCAACCAUCUUGACUAUUACUUCUUUGCCAUGGCUGUUUUCCUUGCUUUCUUCACCGUCGUUUUCAUCGUUGUUGCCCACUGCUUCAACUUCAGUAAGGCCUACCCCGUUUCCAAGUCGACGAGGGAUUCGAGGAGGAACAGGUUUGAGAGCGGUUCCAUUAACAGCAGCGAAUGAAAGGGCAGCAAGCAAGAGGAGGUAAAUCGGUCGACUCCUCAAACAAAAGACAGACCAGAAUCUUGCCAGUGGUGUGUGUGUGUGUGUUUGUGUGAGUGUGUCUAUGUAUGGGUGUGCAAGCGUGCGGGCAUGCAUGCGUGUUUGCUUUGAGAUAGAGCAAGGAGGAAAAAUCGCUCCGAACUUCAAUGUACUGUGAAGGAGGUGUGGAAAACAAACACGAAA